UAAUAACCACAAAAGCUUAAAGUUACCUCUUGAAGCAACCACUCUGAAUGCUACAAUUACCCCAGCCUAGAAAAAUAGAUUCAGACCUUGCAAAAGAAGAAACCAGAUAGAGAGAGCUUCAAUGGAGAAAGUGGUUGUGCAAAACCUUUGGAAUGGUGAUGAAGAAGCUCAAAUUCAAGCAGCUAUGGAACUUAGUGGAUUGUGCAGUAAGCAGAGACACAAUUUGGCAGAAAGUGGAAUCAUGGUUCCUCUGGUUUCCAUGCUUUAUUCUGAAAACUAUGAAGCCGUAGAAGCUUCUCUGUGUGCUCUUGUCAGCAUUGCCUUUGGCAGUGAAAGAAACAAGAUUCGGAUUAUCAAAUCUGGAACUUUGCCUGUUUUGCUGAGUCUCCUCCACUGUCAAAGCCAAACAGUAGUACAAUUGACAAUAGCAGCAAUGCUAACCCUCUCUUCUUGCAAAGCGAAUAAGAUAGCAAUUGCUUCAUCUGGGGCUGUCCAAUUCUUGGUUGAAUUUGUCAAUAGCAGUAUGAACAGCACACAGUCCCAGCUUGAUGCUAUAGCUACUCUCCACAACCUCACAACCUGCCAACAGAUUGUUCCGUUGAUAGUUUCUUCCGGCGUUACAAUCUCCUUGCUUGAACUAAUUCACAGCUCAGUAAAAUCAUCUUCAUUGGUUGAGAAAGCUAUUGGGUUGCUAGAAAAUGUUGUCUCUUCAUCAGAGAGUGCUCUUUGUGAGGCAGCUAGUACUAGUGGAGCAAUUCAGAUAUUGGUUGAGACUAUAGAAGAUGGAUCUUCACUGGGAAAAGAGCAUGCUGUGAGUAUCCUUCUCCUUAUAUGCCAAAGCUGCAGAGAAAAAUACAGAGGAUUGAUUUUGACAGAGGGAGUGAUGCCAGGAUUGCUUCAGUUAAGCGUGGACGGUACACGGAGAGCCAAAUCCAUGGCUCGAGAAUUGUUGUUGCUUCUAAGGGACGGUGCCUCAAAUUAUAGCUCAAGAGGUAGACAAAUUAAUCAUGACCUUAUAGAGAGGAUAAUGGAAGAAAUUGAUGCAGAAGGAGAGAAAUUGGCAGAUACUACUUUGAGGUUGGUAGAGGAGAUGAUUGCAAAGCUCAAUACAUAAUCUUUUUAGGAAAUAGGUUGGUUCAAGAUUUGAUGUUAGUUUCUGACAUAUUAUUAACAAGUGACCAAUUCAACUUGGCAGAUGCUAAAUUUUUAUCACCAACGAGGAAAAUACUGUGAUACUCCUUUGUGGUUUUACUUAAUCUAAUUUAGGCUUAAAUAAGUUUUUGGUC